CUCAGAGACUCCCUGGAAGGAUAAGCACUUGCCUCUCCAUCCCUGGAGUUAUACUAGUUUGGCUGAGGCCUGGGGCUAGUGGGGGGAGCUUUUUGGCCCCUUCCCAGAGGCAGGGGAGGAGGAGGGAGGCUGGGAAAGCAGGCUGGGGCUCAGUGUCGCAAUUCCGGGCAGUGCCGGGACCUUUGCUCUACGAGGUGUCUAUGGAGCGGAGGGAACACCGACUCUGGAGGCUGCCGGGAUUGGAGUAGGGGUGCUGGGGAGGCAGUCCUGUAAGAGCAGCUAAGAGCCACCGGGCUCCGGCUCGGCUCCGCCAGCGUGAGGCCUCCAGACAGGGGAUUGCACCGUCCUCCCCUCCCAGCAAGGGGGCUCCAGAGACUGCCCCAGCCAGGCAGUCUGGUGGCCUGGGGGAUUCGGUGGGUCUGCUCCUCAGCACUGGCCUGGGGCUCUGUGUGACAGCCUCCUUGGUAAUGUCCAGGGCUCCAGGAAGAGAUGUCCUUGUGGCUGGAGGCCCCUGUGCCUGAUGCUUCUCCUGACUCUGCAGUGGAGCUGUGGGAGCCAAAUGCACAAGAUGCCGGCAGCCAGGCGCUGGGAGGCAACACUGGCGUCCUCAGGGAGGAAGCCAGCACUCCCCAAUCUGCUGGGGGCUCUCUGGGGGCAGGGCUGGAGGCAGCAGAGCCCGCAGUCCUGCUCCCUGGGGUGGAUACCCCUCCAGAGUCUACAGAACAUGAAGGCUCUCCCCUGUAUCCAGAGCUGCGUCCACAAAAGCGGAAAAAGGGGCCAGCCCCCAAAAUGCUGGGGAACGAGCUGUGCAGUGUGUGUGGGGACAAGGCCUCCGGUUUCCACUACAACGUGCUGAGCUGUGAGGGCUGCAAGGGCUUCUUCCGCCGCAGCGUCAUCAAAGGGGCACGCUACGUCUGCCACAGCGGGGGCCACUGCCCCAUGGACACCUACAUGCGCCGCAAAUGUCAGGAGUGUCGUCUUCGGAAGUGCCGCCAGGCUGGCAUGCGGGAGGAGUGUGUCUUGUCCGAAGAGCAGAUCCGCCUGAAGAAACUGAAGCGGCAAGAGGAGGAACAGGCUCAGGCCACGUCCAUGACCCCAAGGGUGUCCUCACCUCCCCAAGUCCUGCCCCAGCUCAGCCCCGAGCAGUGGGGCAUGAUCGAGAAGCUGGUGGCCGCCCAGCAACAGUGCAACCAACGCUCUUUCUCUGACCGGCUUCGAGUCACGCCUUGGCCCAUGGCACCCGAUCCCCAGAGCCGGGAGGCCCGUCAGCAGCGCUUUGCCCACUUCACCGAGCUAGCCAUCGUCUCUGUGCAGGAGAUUGUUGAUUUUGCCAAACAGCUGCCUGGCUUCCUGCAGCUCAGCCGGGAGGACCAGAUCGCCCUGCUGAAAACCUCUGCGAUCGAGGUGAUGCUUCUGGAGACAUCUCGGAGGUACAACCCCGGGAGUGAGAGUAUCACCUUCCUCAAGGAUUUCAGUUAUAACCGGGAAGACUUUGCCAAAGCAGGGCUGCAGGUGGAGUUCAUCAACCCCAUCUUCGAGUUCUCCAGAGCCAUGAAUGAGCUGCAACUCAAUGAUGCCGAGUUUGCUUUGCUCAUUGCCAUCAGCAUCUUCUCUGCAGACCGGCCCAACGUGCAGGACCAGCUCCAGGUAGAGAGGCUGCAACACACAUAUGUGGAGGCCCUGCAUGCCUACGUCUCCAUCCACCACCCUCAUGACCGACUGAUGUUCCCACGAAUGCUCAUGAAACUGGUGAGCCUCCGGACACUGAGCAGUGUCCAUUCAGAGCAAGUGUUUGCACUGCGCCUGCAGGACAAAAAGCUUCCCCCGCUGCUCUCUGAGAUCUGGGAUGUGCACGAAUGACGGCUCUUCCACCCACCCCCCAUCCCCCAUAUCUUCUGUUUUCUGGGCUGGAAGGCUGAGGCGCCUGGCUGCUUUCUAGAGGUGAAGCAGACUGAGAAGGGCAAACAUUCCUGGGAGCCGGGCAAAGGAGAUCCUCAUGUGGCAUUAAAGGAGAGUCAAAGGGUUGGGAGUUUGUGGCUGCUGGGCAGUGGAGGGUCCUGCUAAAACUGUGCUCCAUUUGAAGACUGUACUGCCCCAACCAAAUGGAUGGGCCUGGGGGCCACUUUGCGCAAGGUUCUCCAGCGCCCUGCCGGUCCUGCCUCCACCACUUCCUGUUUUCCCCACAGGGCCCCCAGAGAAAUUCUCCACCGUCACUCUGCGGCUUGGCCAUAAAUGCCUCGGGGCUGCCUCACUGAUAGGUCUGGCGCUGUUUGUACAGAAAGACCAAAAGGAAGAUAGAAUGAGAGAAACCAUUUCUCUUAGGGGUGGGAGCACGGCCACGGAGGAGGAAACCGUCCUUUAGGAUCUGCCUCCAGACGCAGAAGAGGGAGACAAGUCACAAGUGACAGCCUUGGCAGUGAGAGGGGACCUCCUUUUACUAGUCCUAUGAGGGUAAAUGAAAUGCUGAGGCUUAGAUACCCCUUUCCCGUUUAAUGAUCCAGGUGGGAUCAGGUUGUCUUUCUGAAGGGGAGUGUGGGUGAAUUUUCAGAACCUAACACCUCAGUCGUGCAUCUGUCUUCGUGCGCGCCCCCAUAAUGCCUCGGGUUUGUGUUGGUACCUAAAAAAAAAAAAAAAAGG